AUGCGCAUUUAUUCAGCUGAUUUUGUGUUGAUCAGUAGCAGGUACUUCUCUCUAGGAAUCGUGCAAUAUGCCCGUUCUAUACAUUUUAUCCAGCCACAAGCUCAAAAAUUAGGUUUGAUAGGAGUCCCUUUCCGAAAAGGACAGGGACGACAAGGAGUUGAACUUGGACCAAAAGCCUUGAGAGAUUUUGGAUUGAUUACAUCUUUACAAAAUUUAGGCCAUGAAGUGCAUGAUUAUGGAGACCUUGAAUUUGAGGACUUCAAAGAUGAUCCAAAACUGCACAAUAUCAAUAACUUGAAAUCUGUCAGUGAAGCUGGCAAAAAGAUAUGCUCAUCAGUGAAGAAAGUUGUUGAUGCUGGUGAGGUGUGUAUCACACUAGGUGGUGAUCACAGUUUGACUACAGGUGGUAUAUACGGCCAUACCUUGUCCCAGCCAAACAUUGUCAUUCUUUGGGUUGAUGCUCAUGCUGACAUAAACCCUCCAGCUGCUUCUUUGACUGGAAACAUGCAUGGAAUGCCACUUUCUUUCUUAGUGAAAGAAGUGCAACCGUAUAUGACCAGAAUAGAAGCAUUUGAUUGGGUCAAACCGUGUAUCUCUGCCAAAGAUAUUGCUUAUAUUGGUCUGAGAGAUGUGGAUUCAGCAGAAAAGUAA